AUGAAUCCCCAUAUAUCCGUACCCCGGCAACAUGCUGGGCCAGCGCAGUUCGGCGGUACCUCGCCGCAGAAUAGGAACCCAUUUAUACGAAUGCCGCAGGUUUUUGGCCGGUUGUUCAAAGUCUCACAGAUGGACUUUGAGAUGGCCAUUUGGGAGAUGACAUCUCUUGUGAUUGCACCUAAAAAGGUGUUUAAAUCUAUGUAUUAUCAUAAACAAACGAAAAACACCUGGCAUCGCCCCGAUCCGUCAUUCAGCUACCUCUUCUCCUUAUUCCUAUAUUUAACCGGCCUAGCAUGGGGCUUUGCCUAUAAACCGUCUUUUCUCUCUAUGAAUGGCCUCGCCAUAGCUUUCGUCUUUCUUCAUUACCUCGGGGCUUCCCUCAUUAUUUCCACGAUAAUGUACUUCACUGUGGGCCGCAUAUUUGGUCCCAAUGGUCCCGCUGCCACAAUUAGUGAGUGGAGAGGGACACGGUCGUCCCUAGGUCGCAUGAGACGGCGUGCACCUGCACAGGGACUUUUUGGGUUAUCGGGGGAUAAAGAGCACGUUGAAUUUGGAUAUUGCUUCGAUAUAUCCGCCCGCGCCUUUUUCACACUCUACCUCCAUCUAUACGUUCUACAAUUUGUCCUCCUCCCUGUUCUCACUCGUGGUACAGGGACGUCCUCCAAUCUUCUAGCUACUCUUCUAGGAAAUACUCUAUACCUCUCUGCGUUCUCAUAUUAUACAUAUAUAUCCUUCCUCGGGUAUAGCAACCUGCCGUUUUUGUAUCAUACAGAACUGAUUCUGUUACCCAUCGUUGUCAUGGGCAUUAUGUGGUUUCCACUUACAUCUUUCCAUGAGACUCGCUCCGAGGCAUUGAUCAACCCCCAUGGCCACACAAUCGUUGAGGACUGCUUGAUUGCGCGAGUCAAAGAUGACACACUCGUGCAAAGUACAUUGUUCCCCGGGAGAAAACUACCUCUAGGGCAACUAAGCGAGGAAGAACUACUGGCGAGAUUCACUCGCGGGUUCUUUGGUGGAAUCAUAUUUGCUGCCGAAAGAUUCAUCCUCGCAUCUGGCCUUACUCAACAGACUCCGUUAUUUUCAGGUACACAACCGGCCAAUUCCGGGUUACCACUGCCAAAGAACAUAUGGGAUGUCACUGAAAUCCCAAAGACAGCGCUGCUCCCCUUGGGUUCGAUACUGUUUGGCGCAUUUCAGGUGACACACUCGCAUUUGGUCAAUAAAACAAGGUUAAACCCUACUUCUGAAGGCUUAACAAAGAUGGAAUCCGCUGAGGAGAAAUUUUCAUAUAUCGACUUCGGUUUUGGGAAUGGAAACUUUGCCGGCUGCCAUAGACUGUCCGUUCACAGGAAUGACUCUUCAAAGGGUAUUGACUCUAUUGCCAAAACUGCAGAUGGUCGUGAUGGUAUGAUAGAAUUCCGCCUAUCAUGCUUCCACUGCAAUCCAAGAGGGGAAAAAUCGCGUCUCAUAACAAUGCUGUCAGGUUUUCAUCAGAUAUAUGCCAGGUUGCUUUUCACCGAUGCACUGAGGCUUCUCUGCUAG